UUCACAUUUGCUUUUAUUCUUUUCUUUUCUAUCUAACUAAUAAUUUGCGUCCAGAAUUUGCACAAUAGCACACGUCAGCAUUGCAUUUAACUCACACAUACCCGCGCACACCUCCCUGGCCCAUUCCAACAGCAACAGUCAUGGCUUUAGACUACAGUGCCGAUUUGCUAGAUAUCAUGCGACAGGACCCUCUCAAAUUGGCAUUGACCCCAUCAGCAGUCCGUGAAUUUCGAAUAGCAAAGUCUUUUAGCGACAACAAAGCACCGGUGACCUCCUUGGAUUAUGACCUGAGCGGCAAACACUGCAUCACAACAAGCACAGACGAGAGCCUGCGUGUCUACGACAGCAUGCGAGGGGUCCGCGAGCAGGUUCUAUACAGUAAAAAAUAUGGGUGCAACUUGGCUCAGUUUACCAGCCAACCUGGGUACGUCGCCUAUGCAUCAACAAAGAUUAACGACACCAUCCGGUACUUGUCUUUCGAGACCAAUCAAUAUGUGCGGUAUUUUGUUGGGCACUCGGGGCUAGUGACCAGUCUGCAGAGAACUCCCGGUAGCAGUGGGCUGAUGUCUGCGGCGAUGGACGGCACUGUGUGUCUGUGGGACUUGGAAGUUGUUAAUCCGACAAGCAUGGUGAAGGUUGGUGGUAAGGAUGGCGGUGUAGUUGCGGCAUAUGAUCCGUCGGGGAUGGUAGUUGCUGUGUCAGUGGGGUCGACCGAGGUGCGGUUAUAUGAUGUGCGCGAGAUUACACGAGCGCCUUUCUCUCUUGGUCUAUUGCCAACAUGCUCGUGCCAGAAGGACCCUUGGUUGCUGGAAUUAAAUUUACUCUUGAUACUAGCAAUGACAGAUGGCACAAGCCGGGUAUGGAGCUCACAUACAGGGGAGCACGUUGCCACGCUGGCGAACACUGUUAGUGACCAUUCAGGAAAAGGCAAUGCCUCUGGGGCCAUUGCCAAGAUGUCGGGUGCUCACUUGGGCCACAAUCUCACAGUCACCCCUGACGGCAAAACGGUAUUGGCUGGACGCCACAAUGGCAGUGUUGCGUACUGGGACAUAUCACACAUAGCGGAGGCCAUGUCCAGUGGCAGCGCUGGUCACCAAGACAUUGCGCCUGGCGGUACGUUAAACGGUCGCCACGACGGUCCUGUCAGUGUAUGCGCCUUUAAUCCGUUGGUCAUGGAGUGCAUAACCGCAUCGACCUCAAUGGCUCUGUGGUCGCUUUAACAAACAAAAAGCUUUAUAGUCAUGUGAGAUGCCCAUACAAAUGCGUUUACUUUUAAUGCGGAUAAAUCAAAUUUUGUACUUUUUUUUUGUUGCUGCGAACA